UUGAAUUUUGAAGAAAAGGAUGUUCUAAUCCUGCAGCCCUUGCCUUGCAGAGUUUUUCCAUUGGGUACAAAUUCGUGCCAGCGCUGUUGAGUGAUGGGUAUAAGUUGAUAAGCUCCUAAGAAAAGCUUUAUAAUAACAUUUAGUUAAAUAUUUUCUAUAGUGUUCAACUUAAAACCUUUCUACAUUGGAGGCGUAACCUUUCAUCCUAUUUAACUCAUGAAAUGCAAAGAGGAGGCUUAUUCGGUGCAUCGAGAAUUUUAAACAGGGCGCAGAACAAGAGAUUUUGUAAGGAAAAUUGGGAGGAGUGGCUGGAAAGAGCCUUCCCUAUCUUGGCUUAGCUGCUGGAAUAAAUUAAACACUACUGACGGUCUCACCCGAGGCUUGCUGUGGAAAUAGGAACUGUUCUUUGCCAGGUUCUUGCAGCCUGCUCUGAGGAGGGGACUGUUCCGAUGGCUGCAGAGUUCCCUUCUCAAAAUUAUUCCAGGAUCUCCAGGAAUAAGACCGAAAGAAUCCCAUCUAACGGGCACGAAUUUGGAAGUGUCUUGUCUUCUAACAGGCAUCCCGAUUCCAUUUCCCACCCAGAAAAGAAACCGGGACGAUCUGUGUACCGCGCUCCUACGUGCGGCGCUUUGCUUUGGGCUCACCCUCAUUGUUCGCCUACAAAAACCCCGUUAGGAAAAAUGCUGCGAUAUCGACUUAACAUCAUUAACCCUACCCCGCGGAGCUCCGCAUCUCCGCCGAUCGCCGUUCAGGCGGCGCCUUCCCUCCACGCACACAAAGCAAACCUUCCUCUAACUCCCCGCCUGGAAUGGAGAUUUCUUCCCACCAGUCUCACCUCCUGGAGCAGCUGAACGAGCAGCGGAAGCAGGACUUGUUCUGUGACUGCAACAUCCUGGUGGAGGGCAAGGUCUUCAAAGCCCACCGCAAUGUGCUGUUCGCCAGCAGUGGCUACUUCAAAAUGCUCCUUUCGCAGAGCUCCAAGGAGACCAGCCAGCCAACAAUAGCCACGUUUGAGGUCUUCUCUCCAGAGACGUUCAUGGUCAUCCUGGACUUUGUGUAUUCAGGGAUAUUGUCUUUAACGGGUCAGAACGUGAUCGAAGUCAUGUCAGCUGCCAGCUAUCUGCAGAUGACAGAUAUCCUCAAUGUCUGCAAGACCUUCAUUAAGUCUUCUCUGGAUAUUAAUGAAAAGGAAAAGGAUCAUUACCUCAGCCUCUCGGCCAAAAGUGCGAGCACCGAAGCCACCCCUGCCCGCCCGGCUCUUUAUCGCUCCAGAAGGAAAGCAAAGAGCAACCCCCGGCGUUCCUACUCGAUCCCGGACGAAAAACCCAACGGGAACGAGAACUCCUGGAGCAGUUACAGCAGCUACCUGUCCUCACAGGUGAUCCUGCAGCGGGCAGAGACCCAGCUGUCCAAAAGAGGCAGGAAGCAGAGCUCCACGAGGAAGCGCCGCAAGCACCUGGGGCUGUCGCAGAGCCGGGAGCCGGGAGGGUGCAAAUCGGACAGAGCGGAGCGAGCCGCAGCCUCGGAUCCCACCCACAUCCCCCACGGCCGAGAGGAGGCCGAGUUUGAUGCCGAGAACGAGGUGGAUCAGGAUGACUUCGGAUAUCACCCCGGAGCAGAGGCCGGAGCCAAGAGGUGGUCAGUGGCUCAGCUAGAACAAGAACUUUCCAGAACUCCUGAGUUCAUGGAGUUAAAGGCAGAAGAACUGUACACCUCAAUGCCCACAAUUUUAGGGGUAAUGAGUAGCUGGAAUGAAGGUGACCUGCCCCGCGCGCGUUUCAAGUGCCCGUUCUGCACGCACACGGUGAAGCGCCGGGCGGACCUGAAGCGCCACCUGCGGUGUCACACCGGGGAGCGGCCCUACCCCUGCGAGGCGUGUGGGAAGAGGUUCACCCGCCUGGAGCACCUCCGCAACCACUUCCAAACGAUCCACCAGGCUGGCAAACUGAUCUGCAGGAAGUGCAAGCGGCAGGUGACGGAGCUGACGGGCUGCGUGGUGCAGCAGGGCACGCGGCGCUACAGGCUGUGCCACAAGUGCUUGGCAGAAGCCAACUUCGACGGCACCCCCGAGGAUUUCAAUGCAGCCGAACAUUCUCCUGGCUCCUCCGCGGGAAACAAACGCCCCAAGUGGGAUUUGGAGGAGGAGCAGAAGUCAGAUGAAGAGACGGGGGAGGAGGAGCCCUAUAAUUUGGUGGUCCGACACAAUAACGAUGAUAUUCCGGAGGAGGGAAAGGAGAAGGUGAAGCCAAAUCUUCGGUAGAUUUUAUUGUGUUCAAGAUUAAAUGACUCGUGUCCCACCAGCCAGUGCUGGUGUACUGCUUUGAAUAAAAUGAAGCGUUGCUAAAA